AUGAGUCAUAGAGUACAACUUCUUUUGGGUGCAUACCAUAUGACAUUUCCUUUGAAAAGUGUUGACAAAACGAUUGAGAUGAAAUCUGUUCCAUACGUAUGUUAUGGUAAUUGUUUAUACAUUGAGUCUAAAAUAGCUAAUGUCACAGGCAUUUCAGGAGUUAAUAGUAAAGGUUCAGUAGAAUAUAAGUCUUUCUGUUAUGCAGUCAAUUCAAUGUUCAUUCCAAACGUUCCUGUCAUAGCAACUCAUUUAGGUAAAUGGGUUCGCAUUAGUCCUCAUAAUUUGAAAGACAUGCAAUUCAGACUUGUUGACUUUCAAGGAGAGCCUGUAGAACUGAAGGCACCAGUGCGAAUGACUGUUGAAGUUGACUUUUUAGAAAAUAUUAAAUGCAACAGCUUACAAGAGAACUCAGAGCUAAAAAUAUAA